CUAAAUAUUGUCCAUAGAAGAAGAAAGUCAUGGCGGCUGACAGUUUGUAAUGAGCUAACGAAAACAGCCAAGAUUCUUGCAAGUUGGACCCGCAACGUUUAAUAUAAACCCGGGGAUAAAAACCUCGUCAAAAUGCAGAUAACUUUGAAAACCUUGCAACAGCAGACGUUCAAAAUAGACAUCGAUGAAGAGGAGACGGUGAAGACGUUAAAAGAGAGAAUUGAAGAGGAGAAGGGAAAGGACAAUUUUUCAGUUUCUGGACUGAAGCUGAUAUAUGCUGGUAAAAUCCUCAACGAUGACACAGCUCUCAAAGAAUACAAAAUCAGUGAGAAGAACUUUGUGGUCGUCAUGAUGACAAAGGCCAAGACUGCCUCAGCCGUGUCACAGCCCUCUCCUGCCACCUCAGCUCCCAGCACUACAGCUCCCACAGCAGCUCCUGCCUCGUCGUCCAGCUCGGAAAACACCACACAGCGUUCCUCUGUAGACGACAAACCAGAGGAGAGAAGCUCUUCAACUGAUGAACCAGCUUCCACUCCUGUUGGAAGCUCAGAGGCUUCAACAAACACAAACCUAAUUGAUGAGGCUGUUUCAACUCUAGUGACAGGCCCAUCGUAUGACGCCAUGGUGAAUGAGAUGAUGCUCAUGGGCUACGAGAGGGAGCAGGUGGUAGCAGCUCUGAGAGCGAGCUUCAACAACCCAGACAGAGCGGUGGAGUACCUGCUCACUGGUAUUCCAGGCAGAGAUCAGACCCGUGCAACAGGACCUGAUGCAGCGGUGCCUCCGGUGAGUGGAGCUCCUGCUCCUGCUGCUCCCACAAGUGGUGUUAGCGUCCCUGCCAACACUGGCUCCUCACCAAGCGCUGGGGGAGUCAAUCCCUUGAAUUUCCUGAGAAAUCAGCCCCAGUUCCAAGUGAUGCGACAACUGAUCCAGCAGAACGCAGCCCUGCUUCCUGCCCUGCUGCAGGAGAUCGGCAGGGAAAACCCCGAGCUGCUGCAGGAGAUUAGCAACCACCAGGAGCAGUUCAUCCAGAUGCUGAAUGAACCUAAUCCAGAGGCUGUGCCUGGAGGUGGUGGAGUUGGAGCAGGAGUAGCUGGAGGGAUGGCAGGCAACGCACCCGGCGGGAGUCACAUGAGCUACAUCCAAGUCACACCACAGGAGAAAGAGGCCAUUGAGAGGCUAAAAGCCUUAGGAUUUCCAGAGGGACUUGUUAUACAAGCCUACUUUGCUUGUGAGAAGAACGAGAACCUGGCCGCCAACUUCCUUUUACAACAGAACUUUGAAGAUGAUUAAAAGAGCCAUCUUCACUUUCACUUUUUGCUUAUUUCCUUCUCCACUUAUUGAUUGUUGAUAUUGAAUUUAUGUGCAAAACAAGCCUUUUACAUUUCCCUCAAAAUUUUAUUCACUACUUUCAAAUUCACCUUUCUUAAUAACACUGGAUCAUUAUGAGCCAGAGUACAAGGACAAGUUGUUGUUUGUAAUGAGUUUGAAAUGGAGGAGAAAUUAAAGUACAAUAACUUUGCAUCAGAAAUCUGUGUGCUAUUGAUUUUUUUUUAAUAAUUUAGUUAAGACCAAUAUGAUUUUUUCAUAAGGAAAAUCAAUACGGUUUGCAAUGGCAUUAUGUAUCACAUUAUAAGUGAGUUUAUAUCCAGGGUGUAUCUGAAAGUAAUGACAGUAUUCAGACAGUCUUAUUGUUAUCUUUUUUUUUUUUUUUGAAGUUUACAAUUUGUUGAGGUUAAAAGAAUUAAAGCUGUGCAUAAUAAGCAAGAAUAAUGGCACUUGUUUUUUCUAUUUAACAUCCCUUAUUUGCUUGUAAAUCAACUCGGGUGUAGUCAGGAAGCUGAACUGCAAUGCAAAUGUGAAGGCAUUUUAACAUGUACAAUACAGUUUACAUGCAUGUGGUGCAUAUGAUUUAGCUGCAAUGACUGUCAUUUUUACAGAAAAAUAAAAGUUUUCAAAAUAAAAGUAAAGCCACCGUG